GAGCGCAAUACUGAAGCGGAGCAGCCUGUCAAAGCUGCGCGUGGAGGCAUAUUAUAAUCGUCAGGUAAUAUUCGAGAUAAUCAACUGCCUGCAAAUGCACCACAGCAACCCAUGUCAUGUGCAUCAGCGUAAGGCUUGCGGGGUUUGUGAUUAGGUCCAGACAGAGCGCUCACAGGCAGAGAAAGGGAGCUUGGCACUUCGUGACAAAAAUAACAGUAAUAAUCGGUUUCUUACCCCUUUCCCACCUAAUUGGUCCUCCAACUGUUUACAUAUAAUAAUGGAUAAGUUGCAUUCAUCGAUGCGCAAACGGCUCUACAGCUUGCCACAGCACAUUGGACAGAGAACCUCGAUCGUUGGCGAAGGAGAAGACGCUGACAAGGACACCCGGAGGAAGAGUAUCCGGAUGAAGCACUUGCCUUCCCCGUCCUCCGCAAGCAGCUGCAAAGGCGUCGGGGAGACUAGAAGCGGAGACUCGUUGGUCAUGGAGACAGAUAUUGGGAGACCUAUGAAGACCAGCUCGAACGGGGACUGUCGGAGGUUUAGAGGCAGCCUCUCGUCCAUCACAAGUCGACACGUUUACGACUCGGACUCGGCGGAGCAGAGGCGCCUUAUUACUGAAGGAGAUGUCACCCCGAACGAGGAGAGCCCUCCUGGAGCAUUUGGCUGCGCGGGCGACCUGGGUGCGCAAGGCGGCGGCGGUGCCCAACAGGCUUCUCCCGGCCAACAGUCGGGGUUCAUAAAGUUGGAUAACCUUGAUCAAAUUUUGCCGGACGACGAGAGAUUGUACCAGGCGGGCUUCAUGCACAGACAGUUUGGAGCAAUGCUGCAACCGGGGGUUAACAAGUUUUCUUUAAGGAUGUUUGGGAGUGAAAAAGCGGUAGAGCGAGAACAAGAACGUGUUAAAUCGGCCGGCUUUUGGAUAAUUCAUCCUUACAGCGAUUUCAGGUUUUAUUGGGACCUGACCAUGCUGCUGCUGAUGGUGGGCAACCUGAUCAUCAUCCCCGUGGGCAUCACCUUCUUCAAGGACGAGCACACGCCACCUUGGAUCGUCUUCAACGUGGUGUCGGACACCUUCUUCCUCAUUGACCUGGUACUGAACUUCCGCACGGGCAUAGUGAAGGAGGACAACACAGAGAUCAUCCUGGAUCCCCAGCAAAUCAAGAUCAAGUACCUGCGCAGCUGGUUUGUGGUGGACUUCAUCUCUUCCAUUCCCGUGGACUACAUCUUCCUCAUUGUGGAGACGCGCAUCAAUUCAGACUUCUACAAGACGGCCCGCGCCCUCCGGAUCGUCCGCUUCACCAAGAUCCUGAGUCUGCUGCGUCUGCUCCGCCUCUCCCGGCUCAUCCGCUACAUCCACCAAUGGGAGGAGAUCUUUCACAUGACCUACGACCUGGCCAGCGCCAUGGUGCGCAUCGUGAACCUGAUUGGCAUGAUGCUGCUGCUGUGCCACUGGGACGGGUGCCUGCAGUUCCUGGUGCCCAUGCUGCAGGACUUCCCCGCAGACUGCUGGGUGUCCAAGAACAAGAUGGUGAAUGACACAUGGGGCCAGCAGUACUCCUACGCCCUGUUCAAGGCCAUGAGCCACAUGCUAUGCAUUGGAUACGGUAUGUACCCUCCCGUGGGCAUGACGGACGUGUGGUUGACCAUCCUCAGCAUGAUCGUGGGUGCCACGUGCUACGCCAUGUUUGUGGGCCAUGCCACCGCUCUGAUCCAGUCACUGGACUCCUCUCGCCGCCAGUACCAGGAGAAGUAUAAGCAGGUGGAACAGUACAUGUCCUUCCACAAGCUGCCUGCUGACAUGCGGCAGAGGAUCCACGACUACUACGAGCACCGCUACCAGGGCAAGAUGUUCGAUGAGGAGAGCAUCCUGGGGGAGCUCAACGAGCCGCUGAGAGAGGAGAUCGUCAACUUUAACUGCAGGAAGCUGGUGGCCUCCAUGCCACUCUUCGCCAACGCCGACCCCAAUUUUGUGACCUCCAUGCUGACCAAGCUGCGCUUCGAGGUCUUCCAGCCGGGCGACUACAUCAUCAGAGAGGGCACCAUUGGCAAGAAGAUGUACUUCAUCCAGCAUGGGGUGGUGAGCGUGCUGACCAAAGGCAACAAAGAGACCAAGCUCUCCGAUGGCUCCUACUUUGGAGAGAUCUGCUUGCUGACACGGGGAAGGCGGACGGCCAGUGUUCGAGCAGACACGUACUGCCGCCUCUACUCGCUGUCCGUGGACAACUUCAACGAGGUGCUGGAGGAGUACCCCAUGAUGAGGAGAGCGUUCGAGACGGUAGCCCUGGACCGCCUCGAUCGAAUAGGAAAAAAGAACUCUAUCCUGCAACACAAAGUCCAGCAUGACCUCAACUCUGGCGUGUUGAACUACCAGGAGAAUGAGAUCAUCCAGCAGAUUGUUCAGCAUGACAGGGACAUGGCGCACUGCGCUCAUCUCCUCCAGACGGAGCUGCCGCCCGCGCCCCCCUCCCCCACCUCCGUAAUAUGGGCGCCUCUCAUACAGGCGCCCCUCCAAGCCGCUGCUGCCACCACCUCGGUGGCCAUUGCCCUGACGCACCACCCCCACCUUCCCCCCACCAUCUUCCGCCCCCCGGUGUCCUUGCUGGGCUCCGUCAAGGAUGCGCCCGGCCGUCUGAAGCGGUUCCCCCCUGUGCGUACCUCCAGUAGCACUGGCUCAGGAGGGGACUCUCCCUCCAGCACCCCCUCUAAGCAGCACCCGGUGGUGGACACACAGGCAUCCCACGCCACAUCUGCCUCCGCCUUUGCCUCCGCCUCCGUGCUUUGCGGCUCCUCCUCCCAGCCCUCCGCCAUUAGCACCCAGCCGGGACCCAGCGGGGCGUCUGCCUUUUCGGGAUCUCCACCCUCCAGCACUGCCCAGCUCCACAAGCAGCCCCUCCAGCAUCAGCAGUCAUUCUCCUGCAGCACACCUCCACUUACAGGCUUCUUCCAGCAGGGGGCGACAGGAGGGGCCACCGCUGGUACUACAGCGAGCCCCAUGCUCGGGGAGAGGCAGCCGCCACCCCCCAAGCCUCCGCAGACGGGUCCCCUGCAGCAGUUCGCAGGAGGGGGGAGGACUUCAAGUGGCCUAAACCUCUUCCACACACCCUCCUCUGGCUCCCCAUGCUCCAACAAGAGCCAGCUGGCCCAGCCCACGCUGGGCUCGCCCUCCUACCUGGUGCAGCAAAGCCUGGCAGGCCUGCAGGCCGGCCUCCUCCCUCAGCUGCAGCAGGAGCGGUCGGCCCUGGCCUCUCUGUCUCAGUACGGGUCUGGGAGCGUGUCCCCCUGUUACACUCCCCUGGCGCCCAGCCCCACCCUCCAUAGCCCUGCCGCAGGUAGAACUUUCCACCACAGCGACCCCUCGAGUGCCGUCGGGUCGCACACCUCGCUGCUAAUGCCCCAGCUGUCGUGCCCCGCCCAAGUCCCCAGCCGGCCCCGAGCUGGGGCGGAGUCCCCGCUAGGCCUUUUCUCCCAGGAUCUGAAACUCAUCUCCACCUCUCACCCCUCCCUGUCCCAGGAGGUGGCCCAGGCAAUGGCCCAGUCGCCCCCGCACUCUUUCAGAGAUCCCGGCUCACACUUUUCGCCCUUCCCCUCCCCGACGCUCUCGGCCAAGCCGCAUAGCUCCGUCCCCGCUCACGUGACUCUCUCCCGACAAACCUCCUCUUGCUCUAUGCCUCAGACUCGCUCCCCAGGGAUGUCCCCCUCCCUCCCCCCACGGAAAGGCUCCUUAGCCUACACAUCUGAACUAGACCCCAUUCGCUCUAAACUGCACUCCAAUUUGUGAGGUUCAAUCACACCCUCCUGUGUACCUUGGACUAAAAAGUAAAUAAAUAAAUAUUCCUUGGCGGUGUUCUUUUCCACCCUAGAAAUCAUCGUGUUUCAAACGUAAUUACUUUAAGUACCGUAGUAUAACUGUGAUUUAAAAGAAAAUGCCUACUAGCUUUGAACUCAUAUAGUAGCUUAUAUGGUUUUGUUUUGUUUUGUUUUGUUAUUUUCUCUUUUUUAAUCCAUAGAUAUAUACUGUAUGUAUAUUGAUAUUUAGAAUAUUUUUAUACCCAAAAAUAGGAGGGUGUGAGAUGAUGUCCAUUUAUCUGAGGGUUAUGACCUUAUUAAUUUUAUCUAUGCCAAAUCAACCAAGUGAAAAUGGGGUUUGCGAGAUCAAGACUGACUUUAGUGCUUCUAGCAGGGACCUAUGCACUGAAACCUGCAUAUAAAACACCUUUCUGUUUGUUUUAAAUCAAAUAUUGUCCUUCCUUUUUAAGGGUAUAGAACACAUAAUUUAAUAUGAGUAUACCUGUUUCAUCAUCUUAGGUAAAACCGGGUGUCAUUGAACCUUACAUUUAAAAAAAAUGUAUGAACCUUAAUGACUUUUUUUCUCCUUUUGAUUUUCAAAACCUUUUCUCAUGGAGGAGCAACCUAAGGAUUAAAAGGAAACCAAAAGGAGGUUAUCUUGAAGAAGCUAGUCCAGCUCCUCCUUCCUGUAUGUUUUUUCAUUGUUUUUUCUAACAGUAUUGGAGUAAUACCGGAGGUCACCACAGGAGGCCGCUGUUAUUUUGUGACAGAUUGAAAGAAGAAGGGAAAAAGACAUUUCAGUAAAAGGCUGAGUGUAGUGUCCUUAGUGGUGUCCUAACAACACUUUGUCUUCCGAGAUCAUGUAGCAGCUGUUUUGGAGUUGAAGGAAGCUUCUGCUAUCAGUGUGUACUGUAUGUGCUUCGACAUGGGUGCGUGUGUGCGUGAGUGUGUGUGUGUGUGUGCGCACGUAUGUGCAUGUGUGUCAUUGCCGAUUCUAGUGAGAAGGUGAUGCAAGCUGAAGAUACAACUGACAGACAGAGGAAUGUUCUACCAUAAAAAAUAGUAUUUAAUUUUCAGUCAAAUUUUGAGCGUAUGCUUAUGAGCAAUGAUAAUCUUGCUCCCUCCCAAAUCCUCUGAAGGGAAAUAAAAGAUUGACAUAUAGUGUUAACUUUCAGAAAGCGGGGGUCCAGUUUGGUUCUGAAUAGCUGUAUGCCAAAGCUGAUUUGUUCAUUAAUUUUUUUCAGUUCACUUCCUUCUUCAAGUAUUUCUCCUCUGUCAUAUGAUACGUCUCUGUGAAUGAAUGUGUGUAAACAUACAUAAAGGAGGUGGUGUUAACUACUAACAAGAUCAUUUAGUCCUCUUGAUGAAACAGAAAACUUUAUGUCCGUGGGGUCAUUUCAAGGUGAAUAAUUUUCUCUUACAAACCUAAUAGAUGUCAAAUAAUGUGACAGCUAACAUAAAACAACACGUUUAGCAAUUCAUUGACAGAGGCAAAGGAAUAUAUUCCCACACAAAAUAUUUACAAGGCAAGAAAAAGAGAGGACACAAUUUAUUUACUUGUUUAGAAUGACAUGCCUGUGUCAUCAGAAUGUUACUUUAAUCACAAUCCGCAUCAUGCAUGUACUAUGGUUAAACAUGUACAUAAACAACAUUCACAAGCAUUGAUAAUCUGUAAGCAUUAGCAUUGCACUUUAGAAAUGGGUCUUCUUAGCACCUUUAUAAACUCUUUAUAAUUAAUAUAAUCCUUGUAAUUGGCAUACAUAAUUCAAGUCAGCUGUUAUCAAAAUGAGAAUAGAGCUGAUAUGAGCUGUAAUGGAGAAUUUGAUAUCUGCAAUAAAUUAUUGAUCAUGAUAAAUUUCAUUAUCUAGUCUUAAGAAUGGUAAUGAAUGUCAUUUUGUCAACUUAUGCAGCUUUAUAUUGGUCGAUUAGUGCAGGCAUAAAGAUACAUAUCUCCAUCUUUCAUCCCACCAAUUACUUUGUCUUUUCUAGACUUAGAGGGUUUUGGGCACACUGCUAGCUACUGUGGAAUUCAGUUUCUGCUUGCCGAGAUGUGCUUGCAUACUCAUGCAAAUUCUUUGCUGAGCUACAGUGGUGGUUUGGGGAAUAGGCAAAGUUUCAAGAGAAACUAUACUGCUGGCUCACUAACUACUUCUGACAGGUACACGCUGUCAGUUUUGUCUAACAGUUACCAGCUGUGCUGCUUUCUCAUCCAUACACUUGUGGGUUGGUGCUUAUUACUUUGUGGUUCUAGUGUUUGUGAAUGACAUUAAGCAUCUUUUUAAUUUCACUACUUGAUACUAGUGGCUGUUCAUUAACUAUAUCUAAGCAAUAGUUUCUGAUACUACAUCACCAGCCUUCUCGGUACUUUUUUCAGUACAUGAGACGUCAUAUUAAACAUAUUAUUGAUCUAGCUGAGAAAACAUUGGCAUCUAUUGUUUAAAAGCAAAGUAGUACAUACAGUGAGGACAAAGGCAUAUUUUUCAUUGAUUUGGCUCUGUACUCCACACUUUUAGAUACAUGUGGUUAAAGUGCACAUUUUCUGCUUUUAUUUAAUGGCAUUUUUACACAUUAUGGUUUCACCAUGUAGAAAUUACAGUAUGAUAGUUCCCUCAUUGCAGGGCAUCAGUGCAUUUUCAGGGGGCAGGUAUGGAUCUGUCAGUGACUACUGUUAGAGUAAAUGACUACUGAAGAAUAAAUUCUGUACUGUACUGAAGCCUGUUCUCUAUUCAAGUUCAGCAAAAUUCUUUCAAAUACAUUUUAUUCACCAUAGAGUGAGAGUUUUCCUCACUCGCCGGGCUCUUUGUGAUUUCUGAGCUAACCAGGACUCUCUUUCUUCUUAAUAAUGUUCCAAACUGUUGGUUUCAGUUAGCAUAAGCUUUGGCCUAAGUUUCUGACUGUUUUUUUCUUUUCUUUUUUUUUCUUAUUUCUCAGCCUCAUAAUGGUUUCCUUGACUUCCAUUGGCACAACUCUGGUCCUCAUGUUGACAAAUGCCAAUAAAGGCAGACUCCAAAGGCAAUCAAAAGGCUACAAUCAAAACUAGAUACUGAAAGCUUAUGACUUAUGAUUGCACUAAGGAAACAGUUGAAUACACCUGACUAAUCAGAAACACCUGUAAAGCCAUUUGACACCCUGAAAUAGGGGAAUUAUUUAUAAACAGUGCUGUCUAAAAUUGUGAAGUAUAUUACCAAAGCAAUAAAAUAUAUGUCUUUGUCCCUUACAUUUUAAAAUUGUCGGUGAAAUAACAAAAUAAUACAGUUUACCUGAUUAAUGUAAGCUACCUACUAAAGAUGAAGAUUUCAGUGUAGAAAUAUAUCAAGACACUGCUUAACCAAUUAAAGACCAUCACAAUAUCUUUCAUUGCACAAGUCCUUUAUUUACUUAUCGUCUAUUGUAGCUCAUUUCCAAAUGCUUGGUAAAAUAACUUAAUUAAUAAAAACCAGUUGUACUGAUAGUACUAAUAUACUGCAGUUUUGCACUUCCACAACUAGCUGAAUAUCCAGUACCAUAGAUUGUAAUAUAGGGAAGCAGUUUAAAAAGCAGUUUCUCUCCUACAAAUAUUCUAAAUAUAUAAAAAAAUGCUUAGAAAAUAAGAAAGGUUUCAUUGGGCAAAUUUUGAUUUAUAGAUUGGGAACAUAUAGUGAAUUAAUAUUCAAAGAAUGAUGGUAACAGCAGGAAGGAUUGUUAGGCCCUAGCACAUGUUGCUUGAAAGCUCAUUUACUUUAUGCAUAUUUAGCUGAAGCAGGAAGUGGAAAUUUCAGAGGUAUUGCCCUCAGUGAGAAUGCUUCAUUAUUCUGUGGGCAUAACUGCAACCAAAAUGCCCUUUAUCAGGCCAACAGUUUGAUUUUGACAACUGAAACUUGUCAAACAGAGAGACUUUUAUUUUUGCUAUGUUGUUGGCAGACCCUGGUGUUUCAAAGUAUCUUCAAAGAUAGAUGCAUGGGAAAAAAAAAUAUAUAUAUAUACAUUUUUCAGUGGAGGGCUCUCUGUUGUGAACAGUGUCUGAGUGAUCAGCACAUCCGUUCAAGCAUUGUGUAUGUAAAUCUCUAAAACAUUUCUUGCACUGAGAAUAAAUCGGGGGGCCGUUCUCUAUUUUUGUGUAUUUGAAAAGCCACAUAAAAUAAAACAUUGGAAGACGGAUGAAUGUAGAAGGAUGAUUUUCACUGAGGAGAAGUUUGAGAACAAGAAAUAAAUGGAGUAAGACACCAUUGGAGAAAAAAACAGUGUGGUUUGACAGGCAGCCAUGGGGUAAAGGAAAACAGGUAACCUGUGGAGUGCUGGGCUACUCGUGGCGUUUUUGCUAGGACCAUACGGAUGUGCCAAAUGAUUUUUUCAGUUCUCACAGCAAUGGCUCAGAAGGGCAGAUAUUGAUCACCGGAUAGGAAGUGAUGGGGCUCUGCAACUCUCAUUUCAUUUUAGGGAGGAAAGCCAAAAGCUUCUGACACCUUAGCAGAACUCAAGCAGACUUUGGUUGUGCAAAGGCACUGAAUAGAGGCUGAUGUCGUGAGACAGAGUAGACCCUGGGCAUUAUCUGUGGGGAGGGUUUGCAUAAUGUAUCAAUCCAUUUACCAUUAGCCGCCAUUCAGAGAGCUAACAGGCUUAAAUACAUUAUGCGUUUAUCUAUUUACCUUUAUGUGUCAGAUCCAGUGAGCAGAAAGAUGCCUUGCUCUGCAUGCUCUUUAAUAGUGUCAGUUCUUUCAUGUCUUACCACAGUACUAUUUGUUUGAAGACCCACUGAACAUGUUUGUGGUGAGAAAUCGGUCAGCGAAACACUGUCCAGUGAUAACCUAGCUAAAUUUGGUUGAAAAGUGAAAGUUUUUUAGCCGACUAGGACAUGUAGGCAGGCUACAUCUGCAUAAACCCUGUAUUGUGGUUAACAUAGUCCGUUUAUGUCAAAAGUCUCUCAACAUAGAUUUCCUCCCCUCUAGACAACUAGAUUCUGGUUUUUGGUCAAUGGGGAAGUGUAUACUUUUGCCAACAGGCAUAUAAAACUGUAUACUGUGGGAUAUUAUUCAGAAUAUGAUUUUUUUAAAAGACAGGUGGAAGUAUUUUUUUCUGUAGUUGUUAUGGCUUCAACUGGUAAAUAAUUAUGAAUUUUAUUGAACUGUUGUUAUUGCUGUUAAUUUUCUUAUAUUUAUAUCUUCAGAAAAUUAAUUUUAGCCAUUUUUGGUCAUUUUUGUGAUAUGUACUGUAGCAUUUGGUUUUUAGGAAGACACAAAAAGGUAUUUUCAAGGCCAGGCCCAUGAUGAAACAUACGGUUCUCUAACUGAAAAAAGUACAGCCAGGGACUACUGCAAGCUGUUGUUUUCUUUGUUUACUGGCUAGUGUUUUAACGUGGCAAGCCAAAAGACAGGUUUUCACUAUUUAAAUUUAAUUGCAUUCAAUGGAGCUACUACAUGUGAUCUUAAUAUCUUGACAGACAAGUCUUUAUAAAAUCACUCUGGCUAUUCCCAAAAAAACUUGGAUAGCCUGCCACACACUACCUCAAGUUGGCAUUGUCCUUAUGUGCUGGCAGAUGUCAUAAAUCACCCAUCCCUCAGCUAUGGUAGCCUACUUGAUAAUAGGAUUCACUGGUGAUGCAGAGCAUCAUAGAAUAUUCAGGAGGGCGAUCAUAGAAAAGCUAGACCUGGCAGGUCUAAUCCAUUUUCUAUUCACAACAGUUUCAUAGCACAACACAUUUGAUUCUGUUUAAGAUGUCCUCAUUUUCAAAUCUCUAAAAAUAUAUUGAUAUUUUAUUUCUUCUCAUCACUUGAGAAACAGCUUUUGCAUCUCUAUUCAUUUAUACCCUCACACUCUGAAACAGCCAGGAAACAACUUAUUAUCCCAACUUCGGGGUGUGAACUUACCACAUGUACAAGCAUGUGCAUUUGUUAUUCUUAUGAUCAAUAUUGAUAACAUUCUAUUUAAAAAACGGAAUUUCAGUGGUCACAACCCAUAAAAAUAUGGAUGAAAUAGCUUGGCUUAAAGUUUGAAAUUUGCCGAAAUUUGGACUUACUGCUAUUAGCGCCACCUGCAUUGUAAAGCUUACUUAGGGUACUUAGAGACAUAAAGGUGCAUGACCCCCUCAGUGAAUGUGCACUACAUGCUGUCUUUGUACCUGAGAACAUGAUGGAUGAGCAGACAGUAUGGAACGCCUCAAAUACCGCAUCAGAAUAAAUGCACUUCAGGCUGCCUGUGCUUAAUUUGGAUCUGUGAGCAAGAGUCUCAACUGGCAUGUGCUGUGUAAGCUUUGCUCUUUACCAUACUGUGGUGACACUGAGCAGUGAGCCUCCAAAACUAGUAAGUUACUUUCUGUUUCAGACACCCACAUGUGUACAGUUCACUGCAUACUCUGAUGUUAUGUGCAUAUGUCCGUUAUUAAUGUGUAUUUGUUUAUGAAGAGUUAAUACUUUCUCAGCAUUUAUUUUAGAAACUGAACUACAUUGCUGCUACAAAAAAAGGAUAAGCAAUGUUCACCAGACUUUGUACUUCCAGUUGUCCUGUUGUUAUUAUGAGUAUUAUCACUGUUUUCUAUUAUCACCACUGUAUAAUCUCAUGACAUUUAACAUAUUCUGGACUUGGACUAUAGCAUAUCUUUUACCAGAAGGCUCCUAUUUCUGUUUUUCUACUUGGAGUGAUAACCUUACUGCUGCUGAACUGAUUUGUUUCUGAGGGAGAACAGUAUUUUUGGCUGCUUUGCUAUUGAAUAAUGGAUAUCUAUAUAUUUAUUUUCUUUGUCAACACUGGAACUCUGGGAAAUAGCAAUAAGAGAGCUGUACAGGUAAGUUGUGACUGGCUGUGUGCACUGGACCCUUUGCCAGCUGACUGCAAGCUCAUCAGUGUUGCUUCAGUUGCAUACAUGGCAAACAUUGCGAGGUGAGGAGGACGGGUAGCAAAAAUUGAACUGUUGAUAAGCACACGCACUGGAUAAUAUCAAAAUGUAUGAAAUAAAAGUAAAUGAUGAAUAUG